AUGGCGUCGCGUUGUUUCUUUCCAUCCACGGAGAGAAGCAGAGCGACGCGCACCGAGCUCCCGCGCGACGCGGCGAAAGGCACGACGAAGAAGAAAGGCAAGGCUGAGAACGGUGGGGUUUUAGAGCUCAGGAGCUGUGAGACGCGCAGCGACGGGCUGGCGAGGGAGGCGGCGUUGGCUGAGGCGUCGCGCGUGUUGCGCGAGUUCUCGAGUGUGUCUCCCGAGGAGUGGCUCGCGGCGCUCGAACGCCUCGCACUCACGUUGGGCGAGGCGCGCAGAGAGAGAAACGAGAGGCGCCGGAGGACGCGCGCUGUUCACCUGGAGAUGCUUCUGGCGACGGAGGACGACAUCCGCAGGCGCAUCCGCGAGCGGGGCAAGGCGAAGAAACGCGAAAAAGAAGAGAGAGGCGAAGAGAAAGAACGGCGCGACGCCGAAGAGCGACUCAGCCACGGCAGGCCGGUGUGGAGAAAGCACGCGCCAGACGCGCGGAGACUUCCACGCGAGGGCGAAGGCGCCGGCUUCGGCGCGCGCUCGCCCUCAGCUGCGUCGGUCUCUCGUUCCUCUUCGCCUUUCUCUGCGCGUGCGUCGCUGCGGCUGCAUGGCGGACUUCCCGUGGAGACCUUGCUGUGGCGCUACGGCCGCUAUCUGCCGCACCUGAGUCCGAAGCAACUCGUUCGCUUCCUCCUCGUCGUCGAGCGCCUGGACUUCCACGACGGCCGGUCUCCGCAGCUCACCGCCUUCCUCCCGUUCGCGCCACCCUCGCUCUCCUCUGCACCGUUCUCGCCGACGCCCGCGAUUCCGCCUUUCGCCUCCAGCGAACUUCCGCUCGCGGUUGACUUGCGGGCGGCGCUUCUCGGCGCGUUCCUAGAUCGCCUGUCGCAGGCGCCUGGCGCGCUUUCGCUGAAGGAACUCGCGCAGGUCGCGCGCUUCUUCUCCAGGGAGCGCCUGCCGGAGCCCGCCGUCCCUCUCGCCUUCUUUGCGCCCGAAGGACCCCGCCCCCCGGCAGGCCGCGGCGCGGAGAAGAAGCGAGUCGCAGAGGAGACAGAUGGAGAGAGGGCACGCCAGUGCCUGCAAAGAGGAGGUCAGAUAUGCAGAGAAGGCCAGACUGGCGUGCGCGCAGGCGCAAAGAGCGAAACCGUGGAGACGGAGGCGCAAGCGGAUGAAAGGAGUCAAGCGGAGGCGCAACGCGGCGAGGAAGCUCCAGGGGCAGCGAGGCCUCCCCGGGUCGACGAGAGAGCUCGGGAAGCACAAGCGGGAGAACUCGACAUAUGGGCGGCGACGCCGGAGGGGAAGCCUCUCGUCGUGAGCGAGCAUAUCCGCUCCCUCUUCGAAAUCCUUCUAAAGGCCGCGCUAAAGUCUCUGCAGCGGCUAGAGAAGAAGGCCGCCGAAGAGGCACGCGAACUGAGAAGAAGGACCGCGGGAGGGGCGACAGGAGAGGUCACUCGAAGAGAAACAUCUGCGCGGUCGCUGCUCGAGGGCGUGCCGAAGGUGUCAGUCCCGCCUGCCUGUUUCGCAGCGCACUCGCCAUCUUCUGGUUCACUCGCUUCCCCCGAAGCGGCGGCUGUUUCGCUGGCCUCUCCUGUCUCUCCUUCCGCGGAGUCUUCGUCUCCCUCAGGCGGCUCGUCUCGCGUUAUCCCGCGCGCCUCCCCCUCCUCCCUCUCGAGCCCAGCUCUGCGCGAGCUGUCAGUUCGCCGCGCGCACGCGAACUCGGUCUUUCCGCUUCUAGAGGCCUGCGGAAAGCUCCAAUUCGUUUCGCUUCACGCGCUCUACGCCCCGCUCCUCUCGCGCCUUACUCCUACUCUCCUAGUCUCGCGCUCCCUCCUGGCUCUGUCUAAAACUGUGCACUUCUUCGCGCGCGUGGAGCUCCCGCCCGGCUCGCAUCCAGAAGUCACGCUGCCGCUCCUGCAGCGACUUGCGAACCCAGACGAAUUCGAUGAUCUCCUCCGCGCGGAACGGAGCCCGAUGGCCGCGCAGGUAGCCCUGGGCGAGCUCGCGCUGGCGACGGUCCUGCUGGAGCCUGUGGCGGGCGCCCUCAGCUGCGACCGCCGGCGCCUGUUCGCGGAAGUGAAGGGCCUCCAAGAAGGAGUUCUCGCUAACUGCUUGCGCGCAGUGGCUCUCCACACGCGAUGGAACCAAUGGGGCACCCGCCAAGAUGCGCCUCGCGAAGAGACACACUACGAGAUACACUCCGCCUUCCCGUCGCGCCUCGCCUUCGAGUCCCGGUCGCCUUCCUCAGCAGGCGGCGUGUCUGCUCUCUCGUGCGGCGGCGCCGCGCCAGCGUCUGCGCCGGAGGGACUGCGAGGGUUGGACCGGGAGGCGGCGGAGGAACGCGACGCUCCGGGAGAGGAUGGAGGCAAUCAACAAGGUUUGCUUUCUGCGACGGCCGCGAGGUGCUUGGGCGAACCGAGCGCCUUCCUAGGCCGGCAGCUGCAGACAGUCGCGCUGGCGGUGGCCUUCGAGUUCCCUCUCCUCGUCGCGCGCUUGCAACGGCGAGCGAGGGAGAGCCGAGAGGAGAGCCAAGAGACGCACAGAGCCGAAGCGCCUGCGGACGGAGGCUCCCUCUCUCUCCGAGCUGAUAGAGCAGACGGGCCCGGCGCGGAAGGCGCAAACGUUCCAGCGCAAGCGUGCGCCGGCGGCGAUCGCCUGCCGCUUUUCUUCGCUUCGUCGCCUCCUCCAGGGCUCGCACCGCGCGCCUCCUCUUCCUCCGCGGCUACAGGAUAUGCGGCUCGCCGGGCGUUCGGUGCGGACGCGGACCGGGAGGCUGCGGCUGCGAUUCUGCAGAUGCUGCGGCAGUUUGCGCAGAGCGCAGGAGCCGCGCAGGGCGACGCGCCGGCCGUUCAGAAGGAAAGCAGCCUCCAACACAGCCGCGUCUCCGCGGCGCUGCGGGCGCUCGGCGUCACGCACCAAGUCGAGGCUGCGUACGGGCCUUACCUCCUCGACCUGGCGCUGACUGACGCGCGCAUCUGCAUCGAAGUCGAUGGCCCCCUGCACUUCACCGACGGGCUCCGCGCGCACCGGGCGGUUGCGGCUGCGAGCUCCGACUCUCCCGUCGCCGCAGCCGCGGAAGAAACGCGCGCGCGAGGCGGCGGAGCGGCGCUGGAGACGCCUGAGGAGGCGCGCAGCGCAGGCGCGGCGGGGCUCGCGGAUGCGACGGCGGACGCAGCGAACGCGAGGCGGCUGCGCGCGGACGACGAGACAGGAGGAGGCGUGAUGGGGGAGGACGCACACAGGAGCCCGCGAGUCCGCGAGCUGCUCUACGACUCCAAGAGCCGCUUGAAGCACCGAAUCCUCACGCGUGCGGGGUGGCAGGUGCUCCACAUUGCGUGGUUCGACUGGCCGCGCCGCACGCACAACCAGCAGGAGGCCCUCAGGCAGCUCUUUCGCGCGGCGGCGGAGCGGAAGGCGUGGCGCCAUUGCAAGAAGGGAGAAAACACCAGGGGGGACGAAUCGACUCUGCGGGUCGGACUCCUUGGCGCCGCUUCUCAACAGCGAGACGACCCAAGAAGAAAGGGAGAGCAGGAGACUGCGGCCGAGUCAGAAUCGCCGAUCGACGAGAAAGCGGAGGACUCCUGCAGACUGCGAAGAGCUAGAGGCGUAGAGUGCCCAGAGUGGGAUGGACACAAUGCGGAUUUCGAGGCGUUUCGAGUGUAUCGGGAGCAGUUUACAGAGAUCCGUCAAACUGAGCAGGACACGUUCCUCACAGUCGCAGAGCGCCUAAAGUACGCAGGCGAACACGGGGACAGCCCCCGACUCCCAGACGACGAGCAAGAGGCAAGCACCGAGAUCUGCAUGCAUCUGCCUACCCAGGUCUCCAUUUUCCCUGAUGAAGAGCAUUUCUAG